GAGUCUAUAGGGCAGCGGAGGGAGAAAAAAAGACUGCAUUUGCUGCUAUAGUGAUGCCCCAGGAAACCACUGGUGUUAUAUCAGAUUCAUUCUAAAAUGAGGAACCUACUAAUUGUACAGUCACUGGCUCUGUUUAGAACCAGAUUUCAUCAUGCAGCUAAUUCAGUCUAUGGGACAGUGGCCUGCAAUGUGCCCGCUUCUCAUAUACAUACCACUGUAUCAUCUCAUGCACAAUACCCUGGCUUGGUAAGUACGGAAUGGCUGGCAGAAGCAAUGGGAACACGGAAGACCCCAGAUGGAAGACCCUUUCGAGUUCUUGACGCGACAAGGAUCGGCAUGGAAACAGGGAAGGCACACAUACCUGGUAGUCACCACAUAGACAUCCAUCAACUCAGCAACAAGGACUCCUCCUAUCAUUUCACCGCCCCGACUCCGGCAAACUUCGCCGAGUACGUCGGAAAGACGCUUGGCGUCGACAACGACACGCACGUCGUCCUCUACGAAGGCAAGGUUAAGGUCAUGACGGCACCUAGGAUGUGGUGGAUGUUCCGCCUCUUCAAUCACGACGCCGUCUCCGUACUCGACGGCGGACUCCAGCAGUGGGUUGCUGAGAACCGAACGGUGACGGAAAUACCAACGCCCGUGCCAGAAGCGGUGGAGUUUAAGGUGACUGAGAGACGAGAGGAUCUCUUCAAGAGUUACGAAGACGUCCUGCAGAACGUGAAGGAUCCCAAGUUUCAGAUUAUGGAUUCCCGUCUUGUGGAGUGGUAUGAUGGAUCACAGCCUUCUGUUUAUGAAGGUAUCAACCUUGGAAUCAUGAAGAUGGCGACCAAUAUCCCGUUCCCCAACGUCCUCGUCGAUGACGGCUCCGACAAGUUCAGGUCACCCGCCGAUCUCAGGGCCCUCUUCAAAUCCAAUGGCAUUGACCUGUCUCGACCUUUGACCUCGUCGUGCUACGUGGGCAUCACUGCCUCCAUCCUGGCCCUAGGCGCCUUCCAUGCAGGGAAGGAAGACGUGGCGGUGUACGACGGAUCGUGGGAAGAAUACUCCCAGAAAGGACCCGAAGAUUCAAUGAAUUUAUACACGUAUGAAAAGGAACCAUAGACCGGCAUUUUGGUUUUAGCUUUUUAUUAUGAAGGUUCAGAUUAGUAGGUUUGAUAACUGAAUAUAAUAUUGUUCUAAAGGUUAACAUAGUCGAAGAUUCAUCGACUCGUAGGUUCCUCCUAAGGUUCGAUGCUCCAAAGAUUCAAUUAGCCAAAGUUGCAAUUUAGUUUCGGAAGGUUCGAUCGUUUUAUAUCCGAAGGGUUACAUAUCCAAAGGUUCAUUUGUCGGAGAGUUCAUUUAUUCGAAUGUAACUUGUUAUGAAAAGCAAUAAACAGCAACAUCAUAACUUAGUACUCGUUGACUAAUAGUGAUAAUGGCCUAUAUAAACGAUAUGAAAAUAUAAAGAAAAGGAUACGAAAUGGUAUUACACUAUGCUUAAGUUAACACUCGAGCAUUUUUAUUUACAUGUUCAUCUACGAAUAACAAUGGAAAAAGUCUAAAGUACGUGAACAUGCAUUUUAUUAUGAAACUGGUACCAUAAUAAUGAUUAUAGUGUUAUAACAUUUGAUGUUGUUUUAAAACUUUAACAGCACGGUGCAGUUUGUUUCAAAAUAAUUGAUUCGAUUACAUUUCUGCUUGUUUUAUUGUACCUUAAUUGUAUGGCACUAAGACUUUGUAUCACGCUUAUGUGUAAUGAAUAUAGUUCAUUUGUAACCUUUAAUUGGUCAGUUAUUCCGAUCAUAAUUCUCCAUUAUGUUCAAUUGCCAAACAUUAAAUCGAUCUGUUCCUAUGUA